AUAGAUGGCCUGAUAGCAAACCAAGCCCACAAGCCCAAAUUCCAAACAUGCCCAUGACAACAUUCAUGUAUGCAGAACUAAGAUAAUAAAUUUCCCUGUUAGAAAGGAAAUAUUACGAUUUGGCCCUCCUUUGAACAAAUCUUCCCUCUCCGGAUUUUUAACCCAAAAAAACUGGAGAACCAUGCAGUUGCGAUUUCCUCUUUAACCCAUUUCAAAGAUUCGUUUUUUUUUUUUUUGUAAAUUUCUUUCUCUUCUUUUGGCGAAUUCGUGUUCCUUCUUUCUCAAUGAGUUCUAGAGACAGAGGAUCACCUUCUUCUUCUUCGUCGUCUUCUUCGUUACCAGGAAUAGAUAAGUAUAACGAAAAGGUGAAAAAUCAGAUACAAGCACUUGUUCGUGUUAUUAAAGUUGCUCGUACCUAUAGAGACGACAAUGUCCCUUCCUUUAUUGAACAGGGUCUUUAUCUUGGAUCUGUUGCUGCAGCUUGUAACAAGAAUGUUUUGAAAUCUUACAAUGUUACACAUAUCUUGACUGUUGCUAGUUCUUUGAGACCAGCUCAUCCUGAUGACUUUGUUUACAAGGUUGUUCGAGUUGUGGAUAAGGAAGACACAAAUUUGGAAAUGUACUUUGAUGAGUGUGUUGAUUUCAUUGAUGAAGCCAAGAGACAAGGCGGUAGUGUUCUUGUUCAUUGCUUUGUUGGCAAAUCACGGAGUGUCACUAUAGUUGUUGCUUACCUCAUGAAGAAACAUGGAAUGACCUUAUCCCAAGCAUUGCAACAUGUAAAGAGCAAAAGACCUGUGGCAAGUCCUAAUGCCGGUUUCAUCAGACAAUUACAAGACCUCGAGAAGUCUAUGCAAGUGAGUGACCAGAGUUUUCCCAAUUGAGGAUGAAAAGCAAGUGGUUGUGGAGGACAAGACGGUUCCAUGUAAAUUACACUUACCUGCAUCUUCUUCUUCUCUCUAAAACAGGGAAGCAAGAACCGAUUGCACAAUGCCAGGCGUGAAGAUCGAUCGUAUCUUUGGGAGAAACUUGUAAAUCUCACAAGAAGCAUCAAAUGUUUUGUUGUUUCUCCUUAACAACUCAAAUAAAAAAACAUGGAAACGAAUAAGGAAUAUAAGUUCUUAUGUUCAUGUUCUUGAUUCAUUUAUGUGUAAAAGUUUCAUGAAUGUAAAAAGUGAACAUAAAUAAAAAUCUGUUAAUUUUUUGUAAAGAAAUGUCCUUUUUGCGCCGUCA